CUCCACUUUAUUCAUUUUAUCAAGGUCCCUCCCUUUUACUUUAAUACCCUCCAAACUCCUCUCUUCUUUUUCUUCCAACAAAACUCCAUAGAAAAAAAAAAUGGAGUAUUACAAUGAGAAUGGGUUCUUAGAAGAAUUAUUAUCUCUAAGAAGUGAGUCAUGGGAUACUACAAAUGUAGUCCCUAUGGAAAUGUCUCAUGAUUUUUACAAUAAUGUCCUCAACUAUGAUAAUAUUCCACUUCCUUGUACUACUACUUCUAAUUCCUUUGAAGGGUAUUCAUGUAAUUUGCCAUUUGACCAACAAAAUUUGAUAAAUUGUGGUACUUCAUUUUAUAGUCCAUUUUGUGAUGAAUUGUCACCACCAUCUUCAUUUCCUUCUCAAGAUGAUUUUUCAUCAAUUUUGGAUGAUGAAGUUGGGAACUAUAGUUUUCAAAAUUUGGAAAUGGGGAAUAAUAGUUGUAAUAAUGAUAAUAGUAGUAUUGUUAUUCCUUGUAAAUUGGAGGAAAAUCAAGUGUGUGAAGGUGCAGGAGGAAGUGUUGGUGGAGCUUCAAGUUUUAAUAUUGGUUUUUGUCCAGAAAUUAGAAAGUCAAAAUCAAAGAAAAUAGAUGGUCAACCUUCAAAAAAUUUAAUGGCUGAGAGGAGGAGGAGAAAAAGGCUUAAUGAUAGACUCUCUAUGCUUAGAUCAGUUGUUCCAAAGAUUAGCAAGAUGGACAGGACUUCAAUACUUGGGGAUACUAUAGACUACAUGAAAGAGCUACUAGAGAAAAUCAAUAAUUUGCAAGAAGAAAUGGAACUUGGACCAAAUCAACUAAGCUUGAUGAGCAUUUUCAAAGAUGUAAAACCAAAUGAAAUGCUUGUGAGAAAUUCACCUAAGUUUGAUGUGGAAAGGAGAAGUGUUGAUACAAAAGUUGAGAUAUGUUGUGCAGGGAAGCCUGGUCUAUUGUUAUCAACAGUGACCACACUAGAGGCUUUAGGUCUAGAGAUUCAACAGUGUGUAAUCAGCUCAUUUAGUGAUUUUGCAAUGCAAGCUUCUUGUUCUGAGGAAAUGGAGCAGAGAGGAGUUGUGAGUUCAGAAGACAUAAAGCAAGCAUUGUUCAGAAAUGCUGGAUAUGGAGGGAGGUGUCUGUAAGCCAUGUGGACUAAAUCUAGAAGAAGAAAAAAAGGGGAAAAGUUCUUUUUAAUUUUUUUGGAUUUUGUAUUGUGUCUAAAUUCUGAUUGGAGUCCGAAGUAAAUUCGAAUCAUGCGGUGCAUAUUUGGUGGCGACGUCUUCAACAGGAGAAUCGAACCCUUCUCCAUACCUAAGACUCCCGACUAAAGAUGAAACAGUGAUGACACUAUAACCUAUGUUGAUUUAAAAAUUAUUAUUAUUGGUUACUUGGUAGGUUCAUUGAAUUUGUGUAUUUGACAAGUUAGGAUUUUUUUUUUCUCAUCAAAGUGAGAGGUUGAAGUAGAUUGUUGUGAUUUUUCUCAUCUAAAAAAAUGACUUAUAUUAAUGCCAAAGUAAAUUAGUAAUUGUAGCCAAA